ACUAAUAAUAAAAAAUUAAAAAAUAAAAAAAAUUAAAUAAAUAAAUACUCGAAAAGAAGUAAAAAUGAUUAUUUUUCAUAAAAAAUAUGCUAAAAAUUAACAGUUAAACAAAUUUAUAAACGUUUCUGCAAUUAUAUAACAUCAGUAGCUCAUAACCUCAGUAAAUUAGCCGUUCCUUCAAACUUAGUUAGCGCUAAAACCUCAGCAUAAAUAUAAUACAAGUUAAUUGUUAACAAAAAUCACAAGCCACCAACAAAAAAUAUUUUUAAAGAUAACACUUAGUAGUAAAUAUGGUAUUGUGAAGUGAUUUCGUGCAUAAUUGCAAAAACAAAAAUAAUAAAAUUAAAGAAUAUAAUCGUUAAGUAGUUUAAUGAAGUGAUUGCCAAUAUAAGUGAAAUUAUUUAAGUUUUUGGUGAUAAAAAUAUUAUUAUAACAACAAUAUUACUAAGGAUAUGCCAAAAUAUUCGAUGAAUGCUAAAGCCAAUUUAGGACCGCAGUUGAAGAUAAAGCGGUUAAAAGCUAAAAAUAGCAACAUAAUGGUUGUGAUUUUGAGAGAAGUCUAAAAAAUUUUGUAACGAAACUCAACGGCGCUAAUCUCACUGAAGCAAUACUACAUAAAACCCAGCGCUCGCGCUAACUACAAGCAUACGCUGCAUGCAACAGCCAGUGACUUACGAAAAUCCUGCGCUGAGAAAGCGUUUCCAGGACUUACGCUAUAACAACGACAAACACAACGACGACUGCACGCAACAGACGCUUUUCACAUGACGCGCCGACGCUGCGCGCUGCGCUGCCACACAAUGAGAACACGCAACCGAGUUAAUGACGGAAGCAGCAAUUUGCCAAGUGCAACGCGACGACAGACCUUCGCUAACAUGAUCACCAUAACGACAAUGUUGAUAUUACUACUUCCGUUACACAUAACAACAGCAACAGCAGCAACUGCCAGCCAAGGAAGCGGAGUUAAUCAGCAGCGCGAGGGCACACACGCAGCAACAGCAGCUGGCACUAACACCGCUGCCGCAAAGGACGCGCUGCAACUGCAUUCAAAUGUAGCUCAUAAAUCAAACUUAAUUAAUGCAGAAAAUAAGGUGUCAGCCAGGGAAGCGCGCGCAACUGAGUUGUUAAGAGCAACGCAGCUGAAUUAUAGUAAUGACGCCAGCGCUGAAGGGGGCGUGUUGGUGCACGAAGGUGGCACUGAUGGCAAAACGCACGCGCUGAAGCAGCAAGUGGGCGCAGCUGCGAUAAAUUACCGCGUUGAGCAAUUAGCACGUAAUGCAAGCGAAAUGCGACCGCAGAAGCAAAAGUUGCAAACAUUUUUAACCGCGGCACUGCGGCGGCCAACCGCGGCAACUGUGCGAAACUUUACAACUGCGCGCCACUGCAUCCCCAGCAAAGUGCCGCCAAUGUCAUCAACAACUGGCAAUAAUAAACUUGUAACAAUGGAUUAUAUGGCGUCGAACAACAGCUACACUAAUGGUGGCAACAACAACAACAGUAAUAGUAGCGCAACUAAGUGGCGUCAAGCCAUUGAUGUGCGACCUUUGGAGAAGCGGCAGCAAGCGGAAAUUGAGCGCAUAGAGCAGCGCGCAAAUUCUACUCAACUACAACAAUCAGCGGAUGGGGAACAACAGCAACAAAUACCAAUAAAUGGCAGUAAAACGCACAUAAGUGGCAAAGGGAAGGAGUUAGAAGGAACGGCGCUGAGCGAGCGUACUGAAGGAAGCACGCAAAGCAACAAUCAAAUGGAAUUCCUUACCACACAAGCAACAACUGCAACUACAACAGCACAGGUGAGCAGGCUAAGCGCACAGCUUGGCCUUGGGAAUAGCGGCACUGCUGCGUCAGCUGAUCGGCACGUUGAUGCCCAACUUUCUGCUGAGCACGAUGAUGGCGUUGAUUAUAGUGUGGACGAUGCCGCUGUAAUUAGCUCAGUCGCCAAGAUAACCAAUAACAGCGUCACACAAAUGUUGCAAUUUGUUAUGCCGGCAACGCGCAUACCAACAACAACAUCAACAAUACGUGAAGUAAACCCGACUGCAGAAAUAGUGCUGACGGGCGCCGAGCAUGCGAGGGAGAAUUCAGUCAAAAGCAAAAUAAAUAACAUAAAUUCCAAAACGAAAUUCACUUCAACGCAAUUUCAAAGCGACCACAGCGAUGCGACGAGUGCGCAAAGCAUAGCAGCGGUGGAAGCGAGGACGGCGUUUCUCUCGCAAACAACUGGGGAUUAUCCAGCUGAAAGUGACUUUAGAACUGAAAGCGUGCCAACUCAGCUGCUACAGCCGACUCCGCGUGGGAAUGGACUGCAUGCCAUUCAAUCUCGGAACCCGCUAGCUGAACGGUUGCCAAAUGAACUGAAUACUGUGAGCGAAGGCGGCGAAGUGCGGCGCGGCGAGGAUAAUAACAACACUGGAAGGCGCUUAACGCCGCUGACGGAUUUAAAUGUAAAGCUGAAUGUUAUCAAUAAAAAUGCAAAGUCAGUGAAAUGCGAUAAGCAGAUAAAGAAUGAUUCGACAGCCAUGACAAUUGAAUCGAUGACAGGACAUGAGCAAGCAAAACACGAGCGCGCGACGCAAAACGAUGCCAGCGAAGUGGCUGCAGAAGCACAGCAAGCACUGAAAACUGCCCAGGAGGAUUGUAAAAUAACAAAAUGCUCGAAGCGAUUAGGGGCCAUUGUGCAAGGUGAGCAACAAGCGCCAUACCAACAACGGCGGCAACCGCAAAAGUCAUUCAGUGAAAACCAACUGACUCGGCAGCAAAGGUACUUAGGGCAAGCCCUGCACUUAGUACGCCCACAACAGCAAGCGCAAGGCUUAAACGCGCACACGGAGCAGCUGCAAAAAUAUAAUAAGCACUUAGAACCUAAAAGCGACUUCUUGGCAGAGCUGACAGGCCAACAAACAAUGAAGGAGGGGGAAAUGCGGAGCGCUGUAGUUGAACGUAAAAGCCUUAGUGAAGCGGAACCGCUAUUGAAUACGGAAGUCGCACAAAUGGAAAGCGGCAAAUUAGCGGAGAAGCCAAGUAAAGUGUCUUCGAUAUUACAAGAAGAACCAGCGCUGAGCGAAGUGGAAGCAAGGAACCAGCAGUUUGGCAGUCAUAAGCAAGAAGCCGCAAGUAGAGCAAAACUUCUUACAGAUGCAGCACAAGAUUCAAACAGUAAGUUAGGCGAGCUGCAGCUGGAAGUACGGUGUAAUGAGACAUCUGCAAAGCAAAAUAAUUUAAAACCCAAGCAUUCAGCAACGCGCGUCGAGAAGAGGGAGUCCACAAGUUUAAACGAACCCAACACGGUCGCAUCAGACAACCUUGUAAGACAUAAAAAUAGUGACGCUAAAAGCGCCAAAAUAUUAAUAACUUCAACUGGAGGUACAAUGCCAAAGAAAAUUGCACAGCAUCAAGUCGACAAGUCAACAGCGGAGGCCAACUUAUGGCAGCAAACAGAGACUGAGCGCACCAUAGCCGAUAGCGUGGCUAAACAAGCAGCAAGUACAAGCGCAAAUGCAACGUACAACGAGUCGAGUGAAGGACAAAUGCCCGAGGAACAGCAGCGCGCCUUGAAGUAUGCAAACAAUCGAGACAACAGUGCGACAGUGGCUGCCCUGAAUAGAUGGCCGCAGGUUGAGUGGUAUAAAGUACCGACAGCAAUGCGGCUUGCUGGACUAGAGGGCAAACAAGCAGAGCAGCAACAGCCAGUUGAUACGCUACAAGACGUGGAUGUCAGCAACGCUGACUUUAAUGGACAACGUCAAGCAAAUAAAUCUAGAGUAAUGGCUGGUAUAGAGCUCCUACAUAUAACAAAUAUCACGUCAAAUGCCACAAGAGACGCGCACGUUGCUGAAAACCGACGUGAGGUGCAUAACGGUACGAAUCUGUUGUUGCCUAUGAAAAUGGUAGAAAGAGUAGAUGUGCGACAGCGAUUGAUGUCGGAUAAACAUGGCGUUGACACAGAAGAAAUGCCAGCUUUUGAAAUAUCAAUAAACAAUAGUUUGAGUUAUGGAGAAACUGGAGCAACACACAAAUCACAUGCUGCCCCAAGGCGAAAUGGUGAAAAUGUGUCAGAGGAAGAGAACGCCGAGCCAGAAAUGUUGAAUCUCACAAAAGCCCAGCGAAGCGCGUCAACGUCAACAACAGAGAAAUCGGCACAGAUCGAAGUGGCGCAAGCACCGACAACUGCAGCAACUAAGCCAGAUAAUUGCGAACAGCCAGCGCAUAAUGGCAAUGAACCGCCAUUUGAGGAGUUAAAAGCAGACAGAGCACACGAAGGCGCACAGGAGACUGGCAGCGCGGAAGGGAUUAACAACGAGUAUUUAGCACGCCUGAAUGGCGCUCAGGCAAUGGCUGAGCAACAACAGAGCAAAUCAAUUUUGCCCUUGCCACACACUGACUAUGCUGAUCGCGCUGAGGGUGAGACCGUUUCGGAGUGGCAGCAGCAGCACAAUCUCUUAACGGCUUACAUACGUCGGCCCGACCAGCGAACGGGUGAAGCGCUGAAGCUGAAUGACACGCUAUUGGCAGCGGAUGGAAAAGCGAUUGUGGAGGCCGAAAGUGAGUGGAAUGCAGGCGAAAGAUCGACAAUACAGGAACCGUUUAAAAGCAGCGCGCCAGCCACAAUGACAACGGAAACAAUAAGCCCGCGCCCAGCGCACGUCGCGGAAAACACAAUGGAGAACAAUUGGAAUGGCUACGGGUGGCGCGAAAAGGUAACAGCAGAUGGAAAUUUCGAAGCCAGUCAAAAUGAAAAGGCCAACGCUCAGGCCGCGCAAAUAGAAAGGGCUGAGUUGCCAAGCGAGCGCGAUUAUAAAGCCGUUAAUUUGACGGCGGUGGAUGGGCACGAAUAUGGCGCUACUGGUGCAACAUUUUCCAAUCAAACAGGAGAUAAUUUUGGCGCAGGUUUUCACGCUUUGAAUAGUGGUGCUACAUCAGCUACCAGCAACACCACAGCAUAUACACCCACAUACAAAACUUAUGUGGAUGUCAGUGAAGUGGAAGCACACUACGCCACAACUGCUAAGCAAAUAUUGGAAAGGACUACAACAGCAUGGACGACACCAGAAGAUAUACAAUGGCAGGAAGCAGAGCAAACAACCAGAAGUAAUCACACAUACACCGACACUAUCUUCAACUCCGCUGAGAUAGCUGCCGGUCAUGUUGACACAACCGACUCAAUUCCAACUGCUACUAUGCAGGCUGUCAUGCCGCCACUAAUAUCCUUGAAUACAACACCAACAUCGCCAGCAAGUAGUGCCAUAACAAUGACAAUACCAACUGCGGUGAUGUCCGAUGCAAUGUACACCAAAGUACCAGUGCAAUCAGUGUUGCAAGCGGCGAUAGCGGCAAAUGUGACGAUAAAUGACAUGUCGACCACGACGACGGACACUUCAUUCUUUGUGUUGCCCAAUUUCGCUGCCCUCACCACCACAACGAGCACUGCAACGGAGUAUGCACUAUUUUCCACAACACCGGGAUUGAUUACACCAACAAUUGGUGCUACUGCCACGCCGGGCGGUGCUGCUUGGCCCGUCAAACACGCUUCGGUUAUGGAGGGCGACGUCAUACUCGGUGGCCUGAUGAUGGUCCACUCACGCGAGGACAGCAUCACUUGUGGCCCUAUCAUGCCGCAAGGUGGCAUACAAGCACUCGAGGCCAUGCUCUACACGCUCGACCAGGUGAAUAAGCAGCAAUUGUUGCCAAAUGUAACGCUGGGCGCACACAUACUGGACGACUGCGAUAAGGACACGUAUGGGCUGGAGAUGGCUGUUGAUUUCAUUAAAGGUUCCAUUAGCAAUAUUGACGAUGCCGAGUACCACUGCAACAAGACGCAGGUGCGGAAGGUAAUUUCCGGCGUAGUUGGCGCUGCCUCUUCCGUAACAUCCAUACAAGUGGCAAACUUGCUGCGGCUGUUUCGUAUACCUCAGGUUUCUUUCUUCUCGACCAGUCCGGAACUGAGCAACAAGCAGCGCUUCGAAUAUUUCUCACGCACAAUACCCUCCGAUCACUACCAAGUCAAGGCGAUGGUGGAGAUUGUCAAACGCAUGGGCUGGAGUUACGUCUCAAUCAUAUACGAAGAGAGCAACUAUGGCAUAAAAGCCUUUGAGGAGCUGGAAGAGCUGCUGGCACGACACAACAUCUGCAUCGCUGUCAAGGAAAAGCUCGUCAAGGACUCCGGCGUCGCCGAGGAGAUCGCCUACGAUAAUAUUGUGCAAAAGUUGCUGACAAAGCCACGUGCCAGAGGUGCCAUUAUAUUCGGCUCGGAUCAGGAAGUGCGUGAGGUGAUGCGCGCGGUGCGACGCAACAAUGCGACCGGUGCCUUCUCGUGGAUCGGCUCGGACGGCUGGAGUGCGCGCAACCUGGUAUCCGACGGCAAUGAGCCGGAGGUUGAGGGCACCUUGUCCGUGCAGCCACAAGCGAAUCCUGUUAAAGGUUUCGAGGAAUACUUUCUAAACUUAACGGUGGAAAACAAUCAACGAAAUCCAUGGUUUGUAGAAUUCUGGGAGGAUCACUUCCAAUGCCGCUACCCCGGGAGCCUAAGUACACCAUACAACAAUUACAAUCGCACGUGCACUACCAAAGAGCGCCUCUCGAAGGACACAGACUUCGAGGAUCAACUGCAGUUCGUCAGCGACGCGGUGAUGGCAUUUGCAUACGCGCUACGCGACAUGCAUCGCGACCUCUGCGGCGGACGACCCUCGCUUUGCGAUGCCAUGAGACCCACCAAAGGCGCCGACUUGCUGAAAUACUUGCGCAAAGUGCAGUUUCAGGGUCUCAGCGGUGAUCACUUUCGCUUCGAUGCCAAUGGCGAUGGUCCAGCGCGUUACAAUAUCAUCCAUUUCAAGCAGUCAGCGGAGGGCCUCUACCAUUGGAUCAAAGUAGGUGAAUACUACGAGGGUGAACUGCGCCUGAAUAUGACAGAGGUCCAAUUCAAGCUGUUGCAUCCGAAGCCACCUGAGUCCGUCUGCAGCUUGCCCUGCGAACGCGGACAGGCCAAGAAGUAUGUGGAGGGCGAGAGCUGCUGUUGGCAUUGCUUCAAUUGUUCAACCUAUCAAAUACGGCAUCCCAUCGAUGAGACUCAGUGCCUAACUUGCCAAUUGGGCACUUUGCCCGAUGUCAGCAAGCAGUUCUGCCAGACAAUACCGGAAGUCUACUUGCGGCCCGAAUCAGCUUGGGCGAUUGGGGCGAUGGCCUUCAGUGCCACCGGCAUUUUGGUCACGCUCUUUGUUGUUGGUGUUUUUGUGCGCCACAACGACACGCCCAUUGUGCGCGCCUCUGGACGGGAGCUCAGCUACAUACUACUCGCUGGCAUAUUAAUGUGUUAUGCCGUUACAUUUGCUUUGGUGUUGAAGCCUACGAAUAUAGUGUGCGCCAUACAACGCUUCAGCGUCGGCUUCUGCUUCACCGUUGUCUACGCCGCGCUGCUCACCAAAACCAACCGCAUAGCGCGUAUCUUCAAAGCGGGCAAACAAUCAGCGAAACGCCCUUCGUUCAUAAGUCCCAAGUCACAAUUGGUUAUCUGCUCGUUCCUAAUUUUCAUACAAAUUCUCAUUAAUGGCGUUUGGAUGGUGAUUGCACCGUCGCACGCCAUGUACCAUCAUCCGACACGCGAGGAUAACCUGCUCGUCUGCGAUUCGUACAUCGACGCUUCCUACAUGAUCGCAUUCUUCUAUCCCAUCUUACUGAUUGUAGUCUGCACGGUGUACGCGGUGCUGACGCGCAAAAUACCAGAGGCAUUUAACGAGUCCAAACAUAUCGGAUUCACCAUGUACACCACUUGCGUCAUUUGGUUGGCGUUUGUGCCGCUUUACUUCGGCACCGCCAAUCAUGUGCCGCUGAGGAUAACGUCGAUGUCGGUGACGAUAAGUUUGUCGGCGAGCGUCACGGUGGCGUGUUUAUUCUCGCCAAAGCUGUACAUAAUACUUAUAAGGCCCGAACGCAACGUGCGGCAGAGCAUGAUGCCGCCGCGCUAUGGAAAUAUGCACCGCGCGGGCACUGGACCAUCGUCCAUGAUGGCGGCCGCCGUGGUGACAGCCGCUACAUGUGCGCAAGAGGAGAAAAUACAAAAGCAUAUCACACCAACAAAUACAGAGCACAGCACCAAGGCGAAGAAGCUUUGUGAGAUGGCAACACAAACCAUCACAAUAACGAAUAUCUUCACUAAUUUGGACAGCAUCGCCUACAGUCAGAUUCCCUAUGCGGAUCAGUAUGUGCCAAACAACAAUCAUCAGCAACAGCAUGAGCAACAAAACCUACAAUCAUCACACCACCACCCACUAGCCGAAAACAGCGAAGCUGAAGUAGUGGCGAAUAAUAAUAAAAUCAAUCAAUUGCAACAUGGCAACCCUAACGCCACAAACACCGCCACCGCUACUGCAACUACAGCCAACACAGCGGCCACUUCUGCCACAGCAGUUGCGGCUAUUAACACAGCCGUAUCGCCACCAACUUUACACGCACUCAGCAACCAUGUGAUGUUGCAGCAACAUGUUGCGCUGCACAACUGCAGCGAUAGUGCGACUAUGUGCAGUGAUAGCGGUCGACCACAACUGGAGACCACGAAUUUAUAG